UAGUUAUUACUCCUUUUUCUUCUUUAAUUUUGAGUGAGAAAGACAUGGUUUUGGAGAGUGAAAAAUUGCAGAAACUGUUGAGACUGGUUAGCCUGUAUUAAAUUCUCCCGUCUCUCCCACUCAAACUUUAGGAUGGCAACACCAAAACUUCCAUUACUUUGCCUGUUAGCCCUUGCUUUAUCUUCCUUUCCUCAUGCUUCUACCGCUAGAAGCAUAAACACGCCUUGUGGAUUUACUCUGUGUGGAAACCUUAGCAUCCGUUACCCUUUUCGAUUAACAACCGAGCCUCAAAGCUGUGGUCUUAAGAGAUUUGAGCUGCUGUGCGACAAUAACCGUGCCAUCUUCCCUAUGGAUCGAGGGAACUUUUAUGUCCAACACAUCUUUAAUGAUAACCAAACUAUUCAUAUUGUUGAUGUGAAUGUGGACAAAGAUGACUGCUCUAUUCCUCUUAGUUCCCUUCCUUUCGGCUCCCCUACAAGUAGAAAAUUCCCUCAAAUAGGAGCAACAUCUUAUACAUAUCUUGAUACUGAGUUUGAAUUCGAUCCAUUUACAUAUGAAGAGAUGUUUGUCAUGAACUGCAGUACGAAGAUGAAUAAGUCAUGGAGUGGGGCUAACUACAUCAAUGCUUGUCGUUGCUCUUCUUGUCCCCCAACAAAUAAGAAUUACUUUUAUUUUUUGGAUGGAGGAACUGCAGCCUCUGCUUUCCAUCCCUCUUGCACUGUUGAAGCCCUGGUUCCCAUCAGUCUUCAAAACAUAAAUGGCCUCUCUACUUUUGAUAUUUACAGAAGGCUGAGGAUGGGCACCCAAAUUACAUGGAGUCUUCAAUCUAAACCGCGUUGGGGCUCAGCUGUUAACGUACUACAAUCGUUGUUCUGGGUGUGUGUUGGUCUGCUUUUACUAUAUGCAGAAAGCAUGAUGGCUCUUGUACAUGUCCUCCCAUCUGCUACUUCUCCACCUAGCAAAGGGAUUAUAUUAGUUCGGACACUUUUGGGGAUAUCUUGUUUGACUGUUCUUAUUAUACGUAAAUUAAGAAGAAGACAUUUGUCGGUGGAUGAUGCGAUUGAAAACUUUCUUCAAAGUCAAAAGAAUUUUAUGCCGAUAAGGUAUUCGUAUGCUGAAAUAAAAAAAAUAACAGGAGGUUUCAAGAAUAAAUUAGGCCAGGGAGGUUUCGGCACUGUGUUUAAAGGCAAACUUCAAAGUGGCAAACUCGUUGCAGUAAAAUUGCUAAAGGAAUCAAAAGGUAAUGGCCAAGAUUUUAUCAAUGAAGUUGCAACUAUUGGAAGGAUUCAUCAUGUGAAUGUAGUGCAACUUAUUGGAUUUUGCGUGGAGAGGAAAAAACAAGCUCUUGUUUAUGAUUUCAUGAUAAAUGGGUCUUUAGACAAAUUUAUAUUUUCAUCAGGAAGUAGCAGCUUGAGUUGGGAAAAGAUGUUUGAGAUAGUAGUUGGCGUGGGUCGAGGUAUUGAAUAUUUACAUAAUGGUUGUGCCAUGAAGAUUUUACAUUUUGAUAUCAAGCCACAUAACAUUCUUUUAGAUGACAAUUUUAAUUCAAAAGUUUCAGAUUUUGGUCUAGCAAAAUUGUAUCCAGUGGAUAACAGUAUUAUUUUUCUCACAGCAGCACGUGGUACAUUUGGAUAUAUGGCUCCUGAAUUAUUUUAUAAAAGUAUUGGAGGUAUCUCGUAUAAAGCUGAUGUUUAUAGUUUUGGAAUGAUGCUAAUGGAAAUUGUGGGAAAGAGAAAAAAUUUAAACGCUUCUGCCGAGCAUUCAAGUCAAGUUUAUUUUCCUACAUGGAUUUAUGAUAGACUUCAACUAGGGGAGAACAUAGAGCUUGAAGAUAUGACAGAAAGUGAAAACAGCAUCAUGAGAAAAAUGAUAAUGGUUGCUUUUUGGUGCAUACAAACGAAGCCUAUACAUCGUCCUUCAAUGACCAAAGUAUUGAAGAUGCUUGAAAGUGAAGACGAGCUCCUUGAGAUACCUCCGAAGUCUUUGAUAUUUUCUGUGGACAUGUCAUGUAAUAAUAGUGAAUAAGAAUUAAACAGACACAAGACUGUGCGUAAUGCAAGUUGUGUAAUAUUUCAAAGGAUAAUUUGCUUUCGUUUGCUGCCCUGGAAUGGCUAUGAAGAUAAAUAGACAAGAAUCUCCUAAAAUUACUAUGUGAGAUGUAGACCAAUAUUUAUUUAUGUGUAAACGUCUGCUAUUUUAUACAUUAGUAGGAAUUCUUCUUCAAUCUCAUCUAAACUCAAAAUUUUAUUUAUAAAAUAAUUACAUAGAUAAAAUAUUUAUUGUAGUGGCCCAUUUUUGCCCGGGCCCAGGCAAACAGAAACAAGCCCAAACCUAACCCUAAAAAUCCUAGCCCAACAAGCCCAACAAAAUCAGAAAAAGUUUCAGCAAGAAACCCUAGGGCGCCGCAUGCUGCUGCCCCAGCCGCAGCACCGCACGUGGUCUCCUCGCGUGCCCUUCGCGCCGCCGCACGCCACUAUCACGCCUCUGACACUGCCGUCGCUGCUGGCCUAUCGUUGGCCCUCCCUUCUGCAAGAAAAGACAACAAGAGAAAAACAAAA